GAGCCAGCACUUCAGCAAUCAGUCACUUUCUAUAAUCUUCCUUAAAUCUUUGAGGGUCCCCCCCCUCUUCCUUUUUACUAUACUUUCUUCUGUAGUUGCUUUGAAUACUUGAACCAACUCUCACUUAAAUAAGAAUAAGAAAAAGAAAAAGAAAAAGAAAAAGAGAGCUGUACCAAACAAACUACUUGUUGUUUUUCUUGGGAACUUGAAGAUCUGCUUAAGUUUUGCUGUAACCAUUUGUUUCUUUGGAGAAAAGGGUGUUUUGGGUUUUUCUUGUUUUGUGUGUUUUCUUGAUUUUUGCAGUGUUCUUAGGACAAGUAUGAAGUAGUUUCCAUUAAUAGUGUUUAGUUGUGGAAGUUGGUUUGGAUGAGAAAUAAUGCUUGCCUGCUUCAGGGUGGGGGUGGGGUGUGAAACUAGUGUCAGAGUUUCCAUAUUUAGGCUUUCUUUUUGGUCUUUUAUUGUAGUUUUUUGGUCUUUUCUUUUUUUAGUUUUUUUGGGUUAAUUAGGAAAAGUAGUUGCUUGAUUUGAGGGAAUGAGGGUGUCUUUUUCUGAGUUCAAUCCUCAGCCAGAGGAAGGAGGGGAGAAGAAAUGCCUGAAUUCAGAGCUGUGGCACGCUUGUGCAGGGCCACUUGUCUCUCUUCCGCAUGAAGGAAGCCGAGUAGUGUAUUUUCCUCAAGGGCAUAGUGAGCAGGUUGCUGCAUCGACAAACAAGGAAAUAGACGGUCAUAUCCCUAACUAUCCUGGAUUACCACCUCAACUUAUCUGUCAGCUUCACAAUGUGACCAUGGAUGCAGAUGUUGAGACUGAUGAAGUAUAUGCUCAAAUGACUUUGCAGCCACUAAGUCCACAAGAGCAAAAGGAUGUGUGCCUGCUACCAGCUGAACUUGGGAACCUGAGUAAACAACCAACUAACUACUUCUGCAAAAUAUUGACUGCAAGCGACACCAGUACUCAUGGUGGAUUCUCUGUCCCUCGACGAGCUGCAGAAAAAGUUUUCCCUCGUCUUGAUUACUCUCAACAGCCUCCUGCACAAGAGUUAAUUGCUAAAGAUCUUCAUGGAAAUGAAUGGAAGUUCCGGCAUAUAUUUCGUGGCCAACCAAAGAGGCAUCUCCUGACGACAGGAUGGAGUGUGUUUGUAAGUGCGAAGAGACUUGUUGCGGGCGACUCAGUUAUCUUUAUCUGGAAUGAAAAUAAUCAAUUGCUUUUGGGGAUACGUCGUGCCAAUCGUCCACAAACUGUUUUGCCUUCCUCGAUGCUGUCAAGUGAUAGCAUGCGUAUUGGUCUUCUAGCUGCAGCAGCUCAUGCAGUUGCAACAAAUAGCCGGUUUACAAUAUUUUUCAAUCCAAGGGCUUGUCCAUCAGAGUUUGUUAUACCUCUCGCCAAGUAUGCUAAAGCAGUGUAUCAUACUCGAGUUUCUGUUGGCAUGAGGUUCCGAAUUCUAUUUGAAACAGAAGAAUCGAGCGUCCGCAGGUAUAUGGGCACAAUUACUGGCAUUGGUGAUUUAGAUCCUGUUCAUUGGCCGAAUUCUCAUUGGCAGUCUGUAAAGGUUGGGUGGGAUGAAUCAACCGCAGGGGAGAGGCAGCCUAGAGUUUCGCUCUGGGAAAUUGAACCUCUGACAACAUUUCCAGUGUAUCAAUCUCCUUUGUCCCUUAGGCUGAAGCGGCCAUGGCCAUCUGGACUGCCUUUAUUUCCUGGUCUAUCAAAUGGUGAUAUGAAUUUGAAUUCUCCUCUUCCAUGGCUGCGCUGUGACAUGGGCGAUCAGGGGAUACAAUCACUUAAUUUCCCGAGGUGUGGUGUUACUUCGUUCAUGCAACCAAGGUUUGAUGCUUCUAUGCUAGGUUUGCAGCCCGACAUUUUGCAAGCAAUGGCAUCAUUAGAUUCUUCUAAGCUUGCAAAUCAGUCGCUUAUGCAGUUCCAACAUAGUAUCCCUAGUGGUUCAGCAUCUUUGAUUCAGAGCCAGCUAUUGCAUCCGUCCAAUUCACAACAUACAUUUCUCCAAAACCAGUUAAUACCGCAGCAACAAUUGCAGUGCCACCAAUCUUAUAAUAAUGAGCAGCAACAGUUGCAACGCCAGCAAUUUUAUAAUGAUCAACAGCUUCAGGGACCCCAUUCAUUUUCCUCAUCAAAGCGGAUUGCUCUAGAAUCUCAGUUCCCUUCACUAGUUACUCCGUACAUAGUGACACAGGCUGAGGAUUUGAUGGUGCCUAAUACUAAAACGCCAAACCUUUCCACUUUGUUUUCACCAAUUCCCGGUGGAGAAGUUUUGGAUCAUCAAGGAGUAGCAGAUAUCCAAAACAACACACUAUUUGGAGUUAAUUCCGACUCCUCUAUCAUACAGCAGAAUGGCAAUGGUACGGAGAACGGGUCUUUACCUGUGCCUUAUGAUACCUCUACCUUCACAAAUACACUGGGUAGUGAGUAUCCUGUUAACUCAGACAUGACAACUUCAAGUUGUGUAGAUGAAUCGGGUGUCUUACAGUCCUCAGAAAAUGUGGAUCAAGCAAACUCUCUUACGGGGACCUUUGUGAAGGUUCACAAAUCAGGGUCCUUUGGACGAUCACUGGAUAUCUCCAAAUUUAGCAGCUAUAAUGAGCUGCGAAGUGAGCUUGCUCGCAUGUUUGGCCUUGAAGGCAAGUUGGAGGACCCUGAGAGAUCAGGCUGGCAGCUUGUAAUUGUUGACCGGGAGAAUGACGUUCUCCUCCUUGGUGAUGAUCCCUGGCAUGAGUUUGUGAACAGUGUUUGGUACAUCAAGGUACUCUCUCCACCUGAAGUGCAACAGAUGGGCAAAGAGGGCCUCGACCUGCCAAGCGCAGUCAAAACGCGGAGGAUCACUAGCAAUGGCAAUGACAAUGGCUGCGAUGAUUUCAUCAACCGGAAAGACUCUUGUAAUAUUUUGAGCGGAAUACCCUUGGGGUCAUUUGACUACUAGUAAACAACUAAAUGUGUCCUUGGUUAAUAUAAUUUUUUGUAUGUUGCUCAAUGUCAUCUAUCUCUUCUACCUAAAACAAAGGGUCAAGUCUCAUUUGAAGCUUGUAAUCCAGAUAAUUACUAUGUAAAUUUGACUAAUGUUUGUUGUUGUUAAGCCAGUGGAACUACCUUCCAGAGACAAAAAUUGUACAAAUAGUGAUACUAGCUGAAUCAAUGGUUUCUACCCGUUGUCUUC